AGUCUAAUGCCCCCGGGAUACAUCCUUCACUAUAAUGCCAACCAUCAAAACAUCAUAGAUCCCCACCGGAGACCACGGUUAGGUUUCCAUCUAGCUUCAUUGGACAUCGGGAUCCUCUUUCCCCUUCGUCCCCUUCUCGUCCAGGUAUGCAAAAGAUUUUCCAUACUCCCGGGUCAGUUGACCCCAAAUGCCCAUGGACUACUAAAUUGCUUCACAAAUAUUUGCAACUUCAAGUAGAUCACCCCAUCUCUAGAACUCUUUCUCUUUAUGUUUGAAGUUUUACCGGGUAACACCAAUUGCUCUGGCUUUGUGUACUUUCACUCCCGAAAAGAUAGAUCCUUCAUCUCUGAUGUUCGUCCCGGUCACAAAAAGUGGAAGACACGGUUUGUCUUUAUUGAGUUUCCCGAGGGCGAGUUCCCCUUUGAUGGUGAACUCCAAUCGGGAGACCGGCUCCCUCAAUCUGAAGAUGUUUACCCAGCCGCCACUUCUGCUCUUGAGAAAGAUUGUGCGGCAUUGUUGAAGGGAGAUCUGGCCACCGGGAAGGCCUUUAGCUUCGGGAAUUGGACGCACCGGGUCUCUAUCCUGGAUGAGGGUACCCCUAGGUCCAAUGAAGCAGAGGCUGACCGGGUCGCAACCCCGGAGAGUAAUGCUGAGCCCGGGUCUACUCAUCCAGAGAUGAACUUCAAAAGCUAUGCCGACCCCGAGGAUGAGGUUGAGGAUCUCGAGGCCAGCCAUGGAAACUUUACUUCCCCCCGAGUCGACCACAAUCAUUCCAUCGGGAUCGAUGAUCAGGUGACACAUGACGUCCAAUUUGAGAAGAACCAAGGCCAUGAAUUACCCAUAGAUCACGGCCUAAGCCAGUUGGACGAUGUUGCUGAAGCGGCCGGUCAAAGUGAGAAGAGGAAGAAGACUUCCCACAAGAGCUCUAGAUCCCAUUCUAAGAAGAGGAAGGUGGAUCCCCACCGUGUUGAUCCCCAAUUCACAGAGAUGUCCGCCGAGCAACUUCUCCUAGCCAUCGCCCAAAAAUUGCACAGGCAUGGUGAGUUCUCUGAGGAUUUCGCCAAACAAAUCUUUGGCACGGGCGAUGAUGAACCCCAACGGCUCCAAAGGAUGCUUGAUGCUGCCCAUUCCCUCUUGAAUAGGGCUAGACUUUAGAUUGGUACCUUUGAAAUUUCUUCCAUUGUACUAUUGACAUUGUUGUUGCGUUUUGAACCCGGUUGACUCUGAUUGCUUGCUUGAUUUAAUAUGUUUAUGCUACCAUAGGGAGAUUGGUAAUUGAAAUUCAAAUCAUCCGCGCCAGGAUUUGGAACAG